AUACGGAUUAUCCAUUAAUUUUUAAGCCAACGUAUAGUCAAAAUGCAGACAAUUAUUUUGGUGUAUCCGUUGAGAUGCAAACCAUUCACAAUGAGAUUCAUUUCAUAAUUGGUGCCCCAAAAACAACAUCAAUCCUAUAUAACACAUCAAAAACGGGAACUGUAUAUAGAUGUCAAUUAAAUCAUAAUUUAAAUACAAUGUGUCAUGAAAUUGAUAUGAAUUUUCGUACAAUGAAUGUAAUGGCCCGGCCAGACAUGUACUUGGGCGGUACCAUAGUGUCCCGUCCGAACAGUGAACAGGUAGCCGUUUGUGGCCACAAAUGGUCGCAAGAUUUGUACCCGAAUCGACCCGAUCAUCAAAUAUAUCCGUCGGGUAGUUGUUUUGUUGUCGACUUGGGUGAUGUCCAUCGAAAUCCUGUUCCUAUAUUACCGAUGACAAACCAACAAAUACGCUUUUCUACUUAUUAUUAUUCACAUGCAAUGAGCGGCUUUUCGGCCACUUUUACACAGAGUGGCGACCAUUUAUUGUUGGGCGCACCGGGAUUUUACCAAUGGAGAGGAACAGUACUUGAAGUACAAAAUUUGAAAACCGCUGGUAUAUUGCGUGAAAAGUUUGUCAUACAUCAGACAUCCAAGUUUGCUACGGAGUCGUAUACCGGAUAUGCUAUAACUUCGGGAUAUUUUUUGGCCGGAAUUCAUAAUUCAAUAGUAGUUAGCGCUCCGAGAGAUAUGAAUUAUAAAGGACGGGUUUAUAUCUAUAACUUAGGAAACAGAGGAGUCCAUAGCGAAGAGUCUACACAUAUGUUUGGCUAUUUAGGUGGCCUUCAAAUGGGCGAGUAUUUCGGCGCCUCAUUGUUGGCCACAAAUAUCAAUGCCGACGACUACAGCGAUCUGAUAGUUGGCGCACCGUUUUAUUCAAUUAAGACUUCGGGCGAUUGUGGCCGUGUGUUUGUCUACCUGAGCAAUGGAAAUGGAUUCAAUAAACCGCAAAUAAUUAUGGGAUCCGAGACAAUAGGCUCAAGAUUUGGAUCAUCUAUAUCUGAUUUGGGAGAUAUUAAUUUUGAUGGCUAUAAUGAUAUAGCUAUAGGGGCUCCCUAUGAAAAUGAAAGGGGAACAGUUUAUAUAUAUUUAGGCUCCAAAUUUGGACUAAUUGGAUCAUUUAGUCAACGAAUUUCAGCUAAAGAUCAUUUAAGUCAUCUGAAUCUAAGAGGUUUCGGUAUCAGUAUUGCUGGCAAACGUGAUGUCGAUAAAAACUUUUACAAUGAUUUAUUAGUCGGCGCUUAUCUAACAAAUAAUGCCGUUUUGUUCAGAACAAAGCCAAUUGUUAAUAUAAUAUCGGAAAUAAAACUAAAUAAAAGUUUUAUAAACGCAAAGGAAACUCAAUGCCAAUACAUUGACUAUACAAUGAAAACCCAGAAACGGGCCGCUUGUGUGGGCGUCCGAUAUUGUAUCCGAUACGGUGGCCAACACGUACCCGCUUCGCUCAAUCUGAACAUUACGUUUCAGUUGGACAGUAGACGACCGGAAAAUCCCAGAUGUUUUAUGGUCUACAAGAAUCGGAUACAAUCGGCCAUUACUAGAGUUGUGACAAUUACCAGAAACUCCACACAGAGUUGUUUCGAUGAAAUUGUCGUCUAUCUUAAGGACAGGACAUUAAUCGAUGAUAUAUUUACACCGAUUGAGUUAUCCCUAAACUAUACUCUUAUUCAUCUACAACAAUCCAAAGAUACGUUUUGUCCUAAAUGUCCGAUAAUUAUGAACAACCAAUUAGUUAAAAAUCAGCUACACUUUCAAACUGGCUGUCGAAUUGAUGAGAAAUGUGUAUCCAAUUUAAAAAUAUCGACUAAAACUCAACUCAACGGACUGGCAGCUAAACCGACCAGAGAUGCCAUCAUUCAAGAGGGUUAUCACAAAAGUCUGACUUUGCUGACAGUCGUACAAAACACUGGCGAACCGUCCUAUUUGACAAAAGUAUUAAUCCAUACGAAACCGAAAUUAAAUUUACUUAAACAGGACAGUAGGUGUCGGCUACCGAAAACCAGUAAUAAUAAUGAAACCAAACAUUUCAUUGAAUGCGAUGUCGGAAAUCCAUUGGAAACCCAAAGUAGACAACAGAUUGCCAUACAUUUUGAUAUAUCGGUAUUGGAUUUAAAAUUAGAUCGAAUUGUUUUCGACAUUGAAGUCAAAUCGGCCAGCAAUUUGACUAUUGAUAGUCGACUGACCGAAACUGUGGUAAUAAAUGUCGUACGAAACGCCACGAUCCGUAUGUUUGGUAAUCCAUUAGAGUCUGAAAUGUUAUACGAAAUCAAAAGCAAAAGACAGAGCAAUUUGAUACGAUUUUCGGGAUUUUUUCAAAUAACUAAACAAAAUUUCAGUUCAAUUGAAAAUGUUUUUAUUAGACUAAGUUUUCCGAGUCUUUUCAAUAGACAAUCGCUAAUCUAUAGACCAUAUGUUGAGCUAAGCAGUGGAGUAUCGGUUAACUGUAACCGAACCAUAGCUACCCUUCCAGUUAUUCCCGAUGAACAUAAUCGACAUAAAAGAGAUAUUGAUGGACAAUAUCUGGCAAAUGAAAACACUUUAAAUUUGGUUUGCAAUCAAUAUAUAGAUUGUCUGGAAAUGGAGUGUUUUGCCGGUCCUUUCACUGGCGAUAAGCUAUCGAUGGCUCAAUUUAUUAUACAUUCAGCUCUUGAUAUCGAAACAAUUGAAUCAAUAUUUGAUACAAAAUACGAUAAAAUUAAUUUUGUUGUCAAAUCAAGUGCCAGUAUUUUAGAUUCAAAAAUCGAUGUCCAAAAAGAUGGCGACCAAGAGGUGUCUACUAGUUUUGUGUUCAAACAGAUUCACUUAAAGCCAGAGCCCAUCAAAAAUUGGAUCAUUUUCUUGAGUAUUGGUACCGGAAUUCUCAUAUUAAUUCUAAUAACAUUAAUAUUACUUAAGUUUGGAUUCUUUAAGCGAACAAAACAUAUGGAUAAAGAGGACAAUGAAGAUAUCAAUGUCAUCGAAACAGAGAUCAAUCAUAAGAUCAACUGUGAAACUGAUGAUACAAUUGAAAGGACUUCACUUAUUGAAUGUAAUGAAGAUUUGGCUGUCGAUGUCAAUGGUAUACAUAAGGAUAAUCAUCAAUCAAACCAUUAG